ACCUUGAAUGAGACCUGGGUACCGCUCCGUGUCUUUGGGGUGGUGGAGCUCCAUCCAUAGGGCGUUGUAGUGAUCCGAGCAGGAAAAACAUCUCGUUUAAAUCAGAAGACCUUUAAAGCACCGAUUUUUUGGAAAAAAAAAAUGCCUGUCCAAAAUAAAGAUGAUGGAGGAUGGAAGAAGUUUGUGUGGAAUUCCGAUACCCGGGAGUUUCUCGGACGCACCGGUGGUAGUUGGGCAAAAAUCCUGCUGUUCUAUCUCGUCUUUUAUGGCUUCUUGGCUGGAAUCUUCAUUGGCACCAUCCAGGCACUUCUUCUCACCUUGAGUAACUACAAACCCACCUGGCAGGACCGAGUUACUCCUCCAGGACUCACCCACUCACCUCGUUCAGAUAAAUUAGAGAUUAUGUUCAACAUGAAUGAUAUGUCUACAUAUGGGAAAUCCGUGGCGGCGAUUAAAAAUUUCCUGAAGCCUUACGAUGAUGAAACCCAGCGUGACCAACUGAAGUAUGAGGACUGUGGAGACCAACCUGAUGUCUAUAAGAACAGGGGCGAUCUGGAGACCGAAAUAGGUAUUCGGAAAGCAUGUAGAUUCCCUAAGUCAUUUCUUGGGCCUUGCUCAGGCGCUGAUGAUCAGAAUUUUGGCUUCAGUGAUGGAAAACCCUGUCUGAUCGUCAAACUCAAUAGAAUUGUGAAUUAUCUACCAAAGCCCCCACAGUCCAAUGAGACUAUGCCAGAGGAGGCCAAGUCCAAAGUCCAACCUAACCUGAUACCGAUCCACUGCACAAGUAAGAAAAAGGAAGAUGAAGAUUUGCUUGGGCAAGUGGCAUACUAUGGCAUUGGACCAGGUUUUCCUCUCCAGUAUUAUCCGUACUAUGGCAAGCUCCUGCACUCACACUACCUACAGCCAUUGGUGGCCAUUCAGUUUCUAAACAUAACCAUGAACCAAGAUAUACGUAUCGAGUGCAAAGUGUAUGGUGAGAACAUAUUUUACAGCGACAAGGAUCGCUUCCAAGGGCGUUUCGAAGUUAAACUAAAGGUUAACAACUUUUGACCUCCAUUGGGAGCAAAUUCCUUUCAAUCUCUCUCAGUUUUAAGCAAAGUAGGAACCAUCUAGUGACUUGAGUUAUGAAGACACCAGACACAAUUUCCCCACUGGUCUUCCACAGCUUCACUGAGAGAAAGUGUUUUACCAAUAUACAAAUGUCUCCUAUCAGAAGGUGGCCUACGAUACUACAACAGAGGCUUAAAAGAUAUCAACAAUUAGUCUGUAAUGAAACAUAAUGUGGGACCUGAUGUUAUCUGCUUUAUGCAAAAUUUUCUGCUUCUGUAUAGAGUUAGAAUGCAAAAGCUCGAAGGACUAGCCAUAGCAUAUUAGACUAAUCUAAUAAAAGUAUUUUCUAAAACUAGACUUAAAAAAAAGCCAAUGACUUAAGGGACGUUUAGUCCACCCUGAAUGUAGUCAACAUGGAUUAUCUCUCUCCAUUCCUGUAUCGCCACCUUGCGUGGAUUUCUUCCAUUAUAACAGUGCAUGAUAUUUCCAUAGGUAGGUUGUUUCAAAUCAAGCUAAAUAUGGUCUAGCUUUGUUAACUGUGCAAUUACACAUUUGUUAUUAUUCACAUUCAGCACAUAAACCUUGUAUGGUUUACUUAUGUGGUUUUAGAGGUUUUAAUAAAUACAAUUUAAUGUUCUAUUUUCUGUUUAAUUACUGUGGAUAGGAAUAAUUUAUUUUUUUAAUUUUUUUAUUUCAUCAUUGAAUGUGUGUAUAUUGCCUUCCAUUGUAAUCAUCUUUAAUAUGUGUUUUUGUUUUUAACAAAGAAAAACAAGCUCUUCGCAGUGUGUGUUUAAAUAUAUAUAUUCAUAUGCAGUAUAUAUGUAAUUGCACAUUAUUAUUUUUGCAAGAAAUAUGUGUAAUAAUACCAAAAUCCCAGAACCAUCAGUAAGACAAUAUAAAAUAUAUUAUACUCACUGCAGUGACCCAUCUGUAAAAUGUUUUGUAGAAGUGUGCAGUCAAUGUCUUUCACUCAAACAUCUGUCACUCCCUUUGAUUCUGAAGCUGACAUUUCCCAAAAGCACAGCAUAAAGAUUGUAGAGAAAGUGUGAACAUUUUCUCUAAAUGAUGAGAAGAUGUGUACAUUGCUUUGGGGAAAAAGCAAUUUCCCUGGAUGGAGUUAAAAUAAAAGGAACAAAUGUCUAUAAA